AUGAUGGUCAGAGUGCAGGGUGAACCUCGCAGGAGACAGUUUGACAUGGGUGGUCCCAGUCAGGGGUCAUCCAAGAGAGGCAGUUAUAGCUCGGGGUCAUCUAGUGGCCGCAAUUAUGGAGGUUUCCGACUCGGAACCAGUUCUAGCGGAGGUUCCAAUCAGAGUGGUAGUUUUGGGAGCCGGUCCGGGGGCAGUGCAACUAGAGGUACUAGGAGACAACUACAGUCGGCCUCUGGCAAGAAGAAUCGUAGUCAGUGUGCUUAG